UCCAACCCAUUGAAUUGCUCUGUCAGUAUUAAUAAGAAGAAAAAAGCAUUAAUGAACAUAUCCCUGCCUUGCCUCCUCCUCUUGCUUCUCCUCUCUCUCUGAGUUCUCCGUUCUCCAUUACAUUAUAAACUAUUUGUUCUCAGCGUCUUCUAAGCAAUGUAUUCAUCAAAAUCGAAAGUGUAUCCAGGGAUAGAGGACUUGCCAGGUGAUAUGGUUGAAGUAUUUUCGAUAUCAAUAGAACCUUACUACACUGAUGAUAUAGAAAGUGUUGAACUUGAAGGUUUUGUGAGGUUAUUAGAUAACACAGUUUCUGUUGAUGGUGGUAUUGAUAUGUUCAAACCUUCAGAUAAUGAAAACUCUAUAAUGUUUCCUAAUGAAACCCAACAACUACAUUUGGUUGGUCCGCCAAAUUGUGUAAGGUCCGAUAACUUUACUUGGACUUUAUUCCUUAACCUCAAGGACAAGAGUCAUAAUGUUAACUUAUGUCGUGGGCUUGUUGUUUACUCGGGUUCAGCUCAUGAGAUGACUUGCGAUAAACUUACUUCCACUUUUGUUGGAGGUGAAGAUGGGCAUGCUAUGGUGCAUUCCAUCUUCUAUACUGAUGCGGUACAAGCUGCUGUGAAAGUUCGUCUUGUGGAAGGACUACGUGGCUAUGGUGAUUGUGCAAUUUAUGGUCAUAUACGCGCUUACAGCAGCAAAUUUGCUUCUGAUUGUGAGUAUGAUAAAGUGUUUUAUAGAUCAACUCUGUUCUACGCGUCACAAGAAAAGCCUAAGAAGUUGGUGGAGGGGGAUUGUUUUUCACUGUCAAGAGAUAAGGUGGCUGUGCCAUUGGAUAGCAACCUUUGUCUGGAUGUAUAUUUGACAGAUGCGUUGACUGAGCAUGUAGUGUUUAGAGGUACUCUUGAGCUACCAGUAGAAGAAUGUGGUUCAGUCGUCAGGAAAUAUGAUGGGAUUGAGGUUUCAGCAACCUAUGAUAUUUCGCCUCCUCAAAUAGAUUGGAAGACGAUGAAGCCGUCGGAGUUUCAAAUUAUUGGUAACAAGAGAUACUUGGUGUAGAGCAGCACGAGUCAGGAGAGGGUACGUUGUGUCUGUCUUCACAGUACCAAAAUUGUAUUUUGAAGAUGUGGUUCAUCCUGUUUUAACUUAAGCUAUCUAAUUACGUUUGUGUUUGUUAAUUUUAAAAAUAAGCACUUUGAUGCUCAGUUUAUUGUUCCUGUUUGUGAUAUAAGUAUUGGUUGUGUUGUAUUAUAAAUUUAUGACGGUGAAUCUAUAUUAAGUACUUGUUUUCUAGACCUCUCA